AAAAGCAAUUCAGAAAUGGCUCAAACUACGAGUUCGACAUCAUUGUAUGGAAUAAUUCUGGGGUCCCUUUCUGUAUUGCUGCUGAUACAGAGAGGCUGUGCCUCUUAUACCUUCAAAGUUGGAGGUGCUGGAGAUUGGGCUGUUCCUUCUGAUCCUAAUACUAACACUUAUAAUCAGUGGGCUGAGAAGACUCGGUUUCAAAUUGGAGACACCCUUAUGUUUAUGUACCCAGCUGACAAAGACUCGGUGCUUCUUGUAACCAAGGAUGACUUCACAAAUUGCAACACGCAAGCUCCUUUGGAGAAAUACAGUGAUGGCCAUACUGUCUUCAGCUUCAAUCAUUCUGGGGCGUUCUACUUCAUCAGCGGAGUGCAGGACAACUGCAAGAAGAACCAGAAAGUGGUGGUCGUCGUCAUGGCUGAUAGAAGCGGCCGCUCUUCUGCGCCUUCGCCGUCACCAUCGGAGCAACAAGUGCUUCCUCCAUCUCCGCCACCGGCAGGGGAAGAGGCGGCACCUUCACCGGCUGAGGCGUCGCCACCCGCACCAACUACCUCAUCAGAGGUGCCAUUUCCAUCCCCGUCCUCAGCCCCGGCCGGGGAGGAAGCGCCGCCACCACCUGAUAACUCAACGCCGGCGCCUUCUCAAGAGUCUAAUCCCCCAAAGAAGGGUAACGGUAACGCUGCAUCUUCAACUUUCACAGCUACCGUUAGCUCCAUUGGAGCUCUUAUCGGUUCCUCCAUCAUCCUAGCAUUUUGACUUCUAUACUAAAUGAUUUUUCAUUUUUUAUAGCCUUGAUCAUCUCAGUUGUCCAACUGAGUGUUAAUUCAAGGAAAAUAUUGAGUAUCAUAGCGUGUGAAUAAUCCGGUGCUGUGUAAAAGUUGUAUUUUGCAAAGACAAACACUAAUAAAUAAUUUUCUUUCUCUAAA